AAAUUAAUAUCUCCACAUAAAUUUUAGAGAGGACUCGAUGAUUGAAACCUUAUAUACUAUUUUUUUUUCCCGAAUAUAGUACUGAGAUCAGCUGUACAAACAAUUAAUGCCGUUGUUCUGUUUGUUCGGCUUCUGCACUGACGGAGGGUUUGAAGAUGCAGCAAAAGUUUAAGGCGUAAUUGCCCGUGCUCUCGCUAAUCCAUCCCUCAAUCUGAAUAAAUCGUAUGAUGUGGUGUCUUCUUAUAUUGUUUUGCUCAGUACUUUAACUACUAGAAGAUCAAAGGCCUGAAAGAGUUUGUUUAUCCCACUGAGUUGAUUGUUGAUUGAAGAUUUCUUGGAAAGCAGCCUAUCUGCUGGUAAUGGCUGUUCCAGUUCUGACACACUGAUUUGAACAUGUGUGCUUAGAAAAAGAUCAUUAUGCUAUCAUAUCUAUUAUAAGAUUUGAAUCUCUUUGAAAGAUCCAAAGGAACCAAACAUGUGGAGCUUUGCAUCAAAUGCGAUAACUGGAACCAUGGGGUUUAAGGACAGAACAAAUUUUGAAUGCUCUGAUGAUGAAGUUUCUUCAAGGAGAAGCACAGAAGAAGGAUUGGAAUGCCCUAUCUGCUGGGAAUCCUUCAAUAUUGUAGAGAAUGUACCAUAUGUCUUGUGGUGUGGUCACACUCUCUGCAAAAAUUGUGUUCUUGGUCUUCAGUGGGCAACUGUGAAAUUUCCUACACUACCUGUUCAGUUACCCUUAUUCAUUUCUUGUCCAUGGUGCCAACUCUUAUCCUUUAGGUUGGUUUGGAAAGGCAGCCUAAAGUUUCCAAGGAAAAAUUUCUUUUUGCUCUGGAUGGUAGAAAGCAUGAAUGGUGACAGAAGAUUGCAUGGUUCGAUUGAAGGGGAGCAUGGAGUAUUGCCUACAAAUGGAGGUAUAGGUUCUGGAAAUGUAUCUAUUUUAUCUGAUUGCUCUGGAAGACAUUCCUGUUCACAUGCGGAACAUUCUUCUCAAAGGCCAAAUGGAGUUAUAGAGGUUGUCCGCAAUUAUCUGAACUCAAAUAUGCUGCAUGCCUCAUUCCGUAAGUCAUUGCUUAUCUUUGUGCAGAUGACAGCAAAAUUCCCUCUAGUCAUUGUAUUUCUCUUGAUUGUCUUGUAUGUAAUACCAGCUAGUGCGGCAAUUCUGGCUCUGUACUGUCUAAUUACUAUUCUAUUUGCCCUGCCAUCCUUCCUUAUACUGUACUUUUCCUACCCUAGUCUUGAUUGGCUAGUAAGAGAAAUAGUAACCUGAAGGUGAAUAGUCACCCUCUGCAGCUUCGGAAUGAUGGAUUAAACUUUGACUGUUGGAAUGCGCAAAUCAUUCUGGAGUCUGGACAACAUGCUAAUCCAAGAUACCUUUGCUGGUCAUUCUUCAAGAUUAUGUUAUGUUUGUUAGAAUAUGUAUCAUAUCUAUUGUUCGUUAUUAUAAACAUUAGAUCACUGAUGGUCCAGGACUAAAGUGUCGGGAUGUUUUAUGAACAUACAAGUGUGAUGCAAUGGAAACCAUGCAGGUUGUUGCUUGACAUUGUGCAGCUGAUUACAUAUCUUGUAUAUUGAUUAAGAUUUCUGCAUAGAAAGAUUACUACUCAAGUGAUGAACUUAGGUGAAAAUCAGUAUUCCCUGUGAGCUUCUGCUUUUCAAGAGUUUCUGGACAAGUUUCUUUUUGCUUUCCAUCAAUGCUGUAAUAGGCAAUUUUAUUGAGAAAGACAUUUUAUCAAGAGAGAUUUUUUUAGUGUUGAAAA